AUGUUAUCAUCGUUACUUCAUCCACGAUUGGCCAUCGUGUCUAACGAUACUCACCAUGCUGACAAGAUCGAGACGGACAUCCUGCCAUUGACUGCUGCUGGGGUCAAUAUUGUUGUGUCGAAUAUCAUUCUCGUAGUUCUCACGACAGCAUGGACAGCGAUGAGGUUCUGGUGUCGUAAGACUAAGGGAGGCAGAUACUACCUCGAAGAUUGGAUGCACUUGGGAGCUCUAGUAGCCUUCUAUGGAAUCGUCAUCUCGAAUUUCAUGAUGGUAUUCGUUGGUGGUUCAGGCCAUGGCCUCGACGAGCUACAGCCUUGGCACAUUGUUCGGCUCUCAAAGGCAACCUACUCCGUCCAGGUUCUAUACGCCAUCUCUAUGGGACUGGUCAAGAUAAGCAUUAUCUGGAUGCUGAUGCGUAUCUUCAUCACGCCAACAUUUAGGCUCGUAGCAAUUGCUGUCAUGAUCUUCAGUGCCCUCUGGAUAGUUCUAACGAUACUUAUUGGUCUUCUAAUCUGCCGCCCAAUCGAAAUGAAUUGGAAUCCAUUCACUCCCGGUGGUUCGUGUGGGGAUCAGAUAGCAGCGUUCGCGUCGAUUGGGAUCGUCGAUAUCCUCAAUGAAGUGACCAUCCUGGCACUGCCAAUUCCGAUGGUAUGGAAGCUGAGGAUGCCAAUGCGGUAUAAAGUUGCACUCGCAUGUGUUUUCGGCGCCGGAAUCCUCACGGUCACCUUUGCUGCCGUGAGACUAUAUACCGUCCUUACCAUAGACUUCACCGAUGUAUCCCGUUCCGCAGUACCAACAGUGAUAUACGGUACUGUUGAGCCUGGAGUCGCGAUAAUAGUCGCUUGCAGCCCGGCGUUACGCCCUAUCUUUGAUCGAACCUUCGGCCGUCUAUUACCAAGUCAUAGUGAUACGCCAGCUUACAAUGCGAGUGGCGAUGGAGUGACAUUAGAAACUUUUGGCGCACAAAACAGGAUGCGAUCUAGGGCUGAUGGGUUCAUGAAAUUGGGGCUGGAUGAUAAAGCAAGAUCAGUGGACAUACAUGAACACCGAGUGGAAUCUCAAUAG